AAGCGAAGAAAAAAUGCGUCUUUUUGAUGCAAAAACUGAUUAGAUCAGAGAAAAUAGAUAGUUUUAUAUAUAAUUGUGGAUUAAUUUACUUAUAUAUAACAGAGCUGUAUAUUUUUACAAAAGGUGUUUUUUUACUGGCCCAAUUAAAGGAUAGGAUUACGAAAGGCAUCAAUAUGGCUUCCGAGAUUGCUGUCGUAAACAUUGGAAACUUUGAAAAGAUUCAGAAUUUUUUGAAUGACACGGCAUAUAAGGAGAUUCUUGAAAAUAGCGAAAGCUUCAACACGCGACUGUGUAUCGAGCGACGUCUACGAAUGCCCUUUCUUGAUCCACAAACUGGAGUAGCACAGACACAUUGCGCGCUUUUUAUGAAACGGAAGCAGCGUAUGCCGGGAUUUCGACAUGGCCAAAUAUACACCUAUCCCUCUGCUCGAUGGCGAAAGCCAAAGCGGCAGUAUUUACUUAAUCCACACCAUAGUUAUCGUGCCUAUCAAUACCGUGAGUAUCAUCAUGCUCAUCAACCCCAACACCACCAUGCCCCAGCGUCCAUCUCCGUAUCUACCUCGGGCGGAGCACGUGAUCAUCAUCAAACUGAAAGUGCCGCUAUUGUGGCUACAGACGGAAACUCCAUGGGCGCUUCUGGAGAUAAUGACAGUAAAGACUCCCAUGCAAAUGUCGAGAAAGAUUGGUUCCAUGAAGAUAUGGACUCAUCCCAUUAUCAUCACGCGGAUGAAUACGAAGACGACUUUGACUCUGAUAAUGAUUUCGAUGAGUCUUAUAGUAGUCGGGGCAAACGCAAGCGGGGCUCAAGAACCCGCCGAUCUAAUGCAAAUAUUGAUGGUACACCAAAACGCGGACGCAAAGGGGGUGGUAACCGCCGUAGAAAUGCAAUUGAUGGUGAUACAGUAGAUCGACGACGAAGAGGUGGUGGUAACAAUGCUAAUACUAGUGCUGCCGCUGCAGCCGCUGCCGCAGCGGUAGCCCAUGCUGCCAGUACAGCAGCAGCAGCUACGGGACUCUAUGCAACGCACUCUAACUCAGCUUCACCAAUUCCCAUAGCCGAUGAAACAUCGCAGUCUGCCUUGGUAAUGACACCAACGCUUUCUUCAACGUACGACAAGCCUUCAUUGAACGAUGCAAGCGCUUCCAAUGACUCAAUUCCAUUGGCUACAAUAGCUAGCAUUGGUAUAUCUAAUACUUCUGCUCAAGCAAUAUAUUCAACUGUCAACCCCUCUCCAGCUACUCCUUUAACUAGUCCCAAAAAACAUAAGUUGCGCACUGAACGUGAAAUUGCACAGCCAUCACCAUAUUGUGACUUUUGUUUGGGUGAUCAACGCGAAAAUAAGAAAACCAAUAUGCCCGAAGAGCUGGUGUCCUGCUCUGAUUGCGGCCGAUCUGGUCAUCCAUCUUGUUUACAGUUCACCCCCAAUAUGAUAAUAUCGGUGAAACGCUACCGAUGGCAGUGUAUUGAAUGUAAAUAUUGUUCUAUUUGCGGCACCUCUGACAACGAUGAUCAGUUGCUUUUUUGCGAUGAUUGCGAUCGCGGUUACCAUAUGUAUUGUUUAUCGCCGCCCUUGGUGACACCGCCCGAAGGUUCAUGGAGUUGUAAGCUCUGCAUGGAUGAAUUCCAUAAGCACAAUUAACUGAUCAAAA